AUGGCUUUAUCGGUUUUUUAUGUCUACAUUUUUAAAUCAAACGAUUAUUAUGUUACAUUAAACGAUGGUACUAUUAUUUAUAAUCAAAAAUUGCCGGUUACAUUAUCAACACCUUUCAAUCAAAACACAAGGAUUUCAGUUUUAUUUCAUUUUUUAUUCGAAUUAAUAGCGUUGGAUAUUUAUGGAUGGAUCAUAAUCGGAUUGGAUUCAUUAUUUACGUGCAUGUUGAGUUGCAUAACCGCACAAUUUUGGAUUUUGGGUGGCGCUUUCGAAACGAUCAAACCGAGAUGUUUAAAACGUUUAAAUUUGGACGAUAAUAACGAAAUUCAUUAUCCCGAUAUUUUAAAUCGUGAGAUGAUGAUGGAAAUAAAUAAAUGUAUCAAGCAUUUACAAAAACUUAUUGAAAUUUGCGAACGUUUGGAGAAAAUUUAUAACUUUCAAACUUUAGGACAAGAACACGACAAAUUCUUUUUUAAGAGCUUUAAUGAAAGUUUUGGAAAUGAAUUUACUUAUUUAUUUUCCACCUCUUUCGAAUUACUUCUUUAUUGCUGGUUUGGCAAUGAUGUUAUCGAUGCGAGUAAUGCAAUAUCAGGCAGCAUUUUUAGUGGGGAUUGGUUGGGAGCUACGAAAAGUUUCAAAAAAAGCAUGAUCAUCACCAUGAUUCGUAUGAAUACUCCCAUUUAUUUUACGAUUGCUAAAUUUACGCCUUUAGCAUUUAACACUUUUUUAUCGAUGGCACGAAUUGCUUAUUCAUUCUACACCGUAUUAAAAAGUGGUGUAAUAGGAAAGUAAACAAUAUUAUCUUAAUCGCAAAUGAUAAAUUGAAAUUGUUAUUAUUAUGUAACUUAUUUAUAACACUUGCUGACCUCAAUGGUCGGUGUUUUCGUUUUAUAUUUAAGUAUGAUCACGUAGAGGACGUUUCCUAUUUUCUACAAUUACUACUUAUUAAAGUAUCAUAGAUCAAAGCUUUUUUUUGAGGUUAUGUGUUUAAUUGUCAACACUUUUAAUUACAUAAGAGAAAAUCUGUUUUAUUGAUUAAAAUAAAGUUUUCAC